AUGGCACUUCCGUUAUUCAAGGGAGAGAGUGAGGUCAAUUAUCGGGAGUCAACAAAAAUCACGGUUCCCAACCACGAGAAUGGAGGAAAAGCACGCAGCAGCCUUGGAAUCCGCGCAUACCGAAUCCAACGGUGUCUCUCACGGGGCCGACCACGGCUGGCAAAAGGUGACCUACGCUAA